UCAGGCAUAGCUGUCAACUCAACAGACACUGGAAUAUAUGCACGCAUAUUGCAGCCACAGAUACUACGAGAUUGGAUACCAGAAUUCUGCUUUGUGUACGACAAAAAUGACACUGUGGCUAAACCAACUGUAGUUUGUAACAAUAACGAGUCAAUCGUGUUGUCGCGCCUGGAAACCAAUACUUUGUACAGGGUCAGAGCAUUCUUCAAAACUACGAUCGGACACAAUAGUAGCAUGUCCCCUGUAGUCAGCAUUGGAACAGUGCCUAAAGCGCCAACAUCGCCUGACAAUUACGUCCUCUCAAGUACUACCAUCACUGUCUUUAUAGGCCGAACAGAAGGCAACAACCUUCCCAUACUCCAGUAUUGUGUGAACGGAAGGCCUGCAAAUGAUAUGUCUGGGAAUAUGACAUCGAUACCAGUGUGCAACGCGUCUGAAAAUGUUACCUUGAUUGGCCUGGCUCCAGGCAUGACCUAUAAUGUCACCACCUAUGUAAGCAAUGCCUAUGGAGACAGUGCUCAAUCGACCUCCACUCGCAUCACCACGUUGCAUCAAGCACCAACAACUGAUCAAGUCGACGCAACCAGUGGCUACCAAGCUAGCGCAAGCGGCUCCAAAUCUGCAGCGAUAAUUGCGGGAGGGUCUGGCGCAGGACUGCUGGUGCUGGCUGCGACAGUUUUCCUGCUAUGGAAAAUAAAGUUGACACCCACGAAACCUGAUCCUGUGCUGACUAACUGGGAACUGGACUUAAGAACUCAAACUGUUUCCCAUGAUGAUGAACUUGAUUUGGUUCAGAACACGUGCACUAGUAUGGAUCCCAAUGAGGCGUACGAGAGCUGGAUCCUGGCUAGGAAUGAUGCAUAUGGCUGUGUGGAUUUGCGCGAGAAUGAUGUUCUUCGUGCCGGAUGUGGAGCUGGGCGUGCAGAGGAAGGGGGACCGGCCACAGAAGAAGAGCAUACUUAUGUCAGCAUCCAAUAACGCCAAAUGUUUUUCACAGCCCAGGAAUUUUUAAUUUUUACAGAAUGAUACAUAUCCUCAACGAAAUGCAAAUGAUGCAGUAUCAUUUAACUCUGUUGUUGAGCCAAUAGUAAUAUGUAAAGAGAAUAAGGACCUAUAAGUUACUAGCUAUGACUCAAAGUCCACAAAGGUAAAGAGAUAAUAUAAAGCCAGGUGACGUGUGAAAUCAGUGUCAUGUCGUAGAAUGUCUCAAUAAACUUGUUCGUCUUGUGCCGUGCUGUCUCACUAUCUGAUGCUAUAAUUAUUAAUUCGUUACCUUGGUGGACAGUUAAUUAUAACUAGUAACUUAUAGGGCCUUUUUUCUCUUCACACAAAACUGUAUCAUGGUAUACUUUUUCACAGCAAACACGCCAUAUGUUGCAGUCUUUCUGAGUUUUUUCUUCAUAUCUCACUGCCUCAAACUCCAGUAGCGCAUGCAUUUAUUACUGAGAUACUCUCAAAUAUUCAUUGCAGCUCUUGUGUCCUGAUGUCACGGAUCGGUAUGGAUAACAUUUGUAACUUUCACAAGUAAGUUCAGUGGUAAACGGUUCGGAGCGAGAUUUUUGAAGUAAUUUGCUAUACAUGUAUGUUGACGGUGAUUCGUAACCGAAUCUCUAUAUCUAUAUCACCGGACGAAUUACCAUUGACAUUAUAUAUCCCACCUGUGCAUUUAAUCCCUGUCAGUAAAUCCAUUGCAUAGCAGCAAAUUGCAGCUCGGUCGUUAUAAACUUGCAGCAGGUGUAUAUUUUUUUGCUUAUGUUUAUGAUUCAAAAGUCGCUAGAAUUUUAUUCACACUUUGUUUCUGUUUGGUAGCACUUCUCUCUAAAUUUCGCAUGCAUAAUCAGUAUAUCCGUUCACUGUGGUCAUGGAUUGUUUUAAAAACAUGUGCAUAACAGUAGUGGUACUAGUGACGUGGAUGGUAUGAAUAUUGAGAACGUGUUCGGGGUAAUUCUCUCUGGUUC